AUGAUAGUAGAUGCUGCAGUAGCUUUAUCGGAAAAGAUAUUCGAACAGGUCCACACUGCUCCAUCAGACAAGAAGAGCUGUUCUUCUAUCGCAAAAAUGUCUGGUUGUAUGCCGUUAGCAAUAAUCUGCAUAUCGGCCGCAGUGGCACAGCAGCUAUCACAAUCAGCAACAAAUCGAUUUGAUGUGGCAUUAUGCCAAGCAUUAAACGGAUUUGCAGAAAUUCCCUGUAUGAAACCGUUGGCUGAGAGUCUAGUCCUUGGCUACCACUGCCUUCCCCUGCAUCUGAAGACUUGCUUGCUGGAAUGCAGUAUAUAUCCCCCAAACCAAAGAUUCGAAAGGGAUGAUCUGAUCAGGAUUUGGAUGGACGAAGGUUUUGCUGACGAGGAACAAGCUCCUGGUUACUUUGAGGAGCUUGUCAAAUGGGGGUAUAUUUCGAUUUCCCUGGCUGAAGGCAUACGCCAUAGCCAGGUUGCCGAAUAUGAAAUUAGCGCUGUGGUACUAGCCUUCCUCAGCUCCCAGGCACAAGAACAUGACUUUGUCGCUUCGGCGGGGUAUUUCUCUAGCACAGAGUCCCUGUAUGGUCGACGACACCAUCGGAUAUCUGUCCAGGGAGGCCUGGGUUCAUGGGAUGUUUCAAGAUUGGAUUUCUCAUGCAUGCGCUCACUCGUGGUUUUCGGGCGCGCAAGUUUAAUACCAUUCGAUCGUUUGAGCCGCCUGCGAGUGCUGCAUCUUGACGAGGACACGAACUUGGAGGGUGCAGCAGAUCUAUACAAUUUCCCGGAUUUGGGCGAUGAUGAUCUGAUGGAUAUAUGUGAACUGCUUUUGCUGCUGAGGUACUUGAAACUGAAGGGCUGCAAAAUCACCAUGCUGCCUCCACAAAUUGGAGAACUGCAGCUUCUGGAGACUCUGGACGUGAGAGGUACAGGUGUCAGGGAGCUACCAAGGGAGAUCGGGGAGCUGCAGCGGCUGAAGACUCUGAAUCAGCUCAAGACUCUGAAUAUUAGCAACACCAAUGUCAGAGAGCUACCUUGGGAAGCUGGCCAGCGUUCCAACUCCAUCAGUGUGGUUGCCGGCGACAAGGAUUCCCCUAAAGUGGUGAACUUGCUUGAGGGCGCAGUGAACAAUUAUGCUGGGAACCUAUACCUGUGGAGAUUUAAGAUUCCCGGCAAACAUGUCAGUCUCCCUCCAUGGCUCAAUAAAGAAACUCUCAGCGACAUUUCAUCCUUAGAAAUCAAUCUAUGGAAACUGAGGGAGGAUGACCUCAAGAUUCUUCAGGAGAUGCCCAAGCUUCAGGUUCUUGCACUACAGGUCGAAGUUCUCCCCAGAAGAACCAUCACUGGUGCAGGGUUCUCAAGGCUGGAGAGCUUCUGUGUUGAUUGCCGGGUGCCACGACUGAGCUUCCAGAGUGAAGCCAUGCCGGUGUUGAAACAUCUUCAGUUCAACUUCUAUGCUUUCCGGGCAACCAAACAAGAGCCCAUGGGCAUCGUGCACCUCUCGAGCCUCCGAAGGGUCGAUUUCCGGGCGGUGGACGAGGCUGAGGCCACCGACGGCGACGAUGGGCGGCGGCAAAGGCAAGUCCAAGAAGCAACGUUCUUCUCCCUCCUUAGGUACCCAGGGAUUCCAUUCGUACCCGCUCUUGCGGUUGAGCCCAUCGGGGAGGAAGAGGGGAGGGAGUGGAAGAGGCGGGACAAGAAGGAGAGCAGGAGGAUCUGCCGAUAUGUCAGGGAGGAUGACGACGACAGGCACAAGAAGAGGAAGAAGAGGAAACACAGCGACAGGGGCAAAGGUUGGGCUCCUUAA